CUGUUGGGGAAAAUAUAAAAAAAUAUUUUCCUUAUUUAAAUUGUUUACUUUGUAUCUACAGCGAGGUGGAAAAAACCUAUCAAUAAAGUGAAUUAAUUUGGAAAUUUAGUAAAAGAAAUAUACUUUUCAAAGAAUUAUCGAUGAAAAAUGUGUGUUAAUAUGGUAUAACAUAACCAUAGUUUUUUUUGAAGAAAAAAAAUAUUUUUUUCCAAAAGAUAGUGAGAGUGUAAAAUCGCACUGUGGAAAAAUCAAAAAGAAAAUUUACAAGAAAGAAGUGUUGUUUAUAAAAAAUUGUAUUUAAUAAAUUUUUAAAUAAAAAAGUAGUGUUCGAUUGUAUUAUAGAAAGUAGUAACAAACGGAUAUACACAACUGUAAAUUUGUUGUUUUUUGUAUAGUGCUGCCUGAUUUUAGCGUGUAUACGCAGUUCCAUGAGUGUGUGUGUGUUUGUUAUUUUAAGAAAAUUUUUACCAAUGAGCUGGACUUGAUAUUGAAAAAACGUGUUAAAAUUUUAUUUUAAACUUUAUACACGUACCUUAAUUUAAAUCUUAAAAUCGUUUUGACACACGUACACAAAGUAACCACAAAUCAAUCAAAAUGCGUGUCGUUGCUAUGGUAAGUGGUGGCAAGGAUAGCUGCUACAAUAUGAUGCAGUGUGUGGCCGAGGGCCAUGAAAUUGUUGCAUUAGCCAAUUUACAUCCCAAGGAUAGAGAUGAACUCGAUAGCUUUAUGUAUCAAACUGUUGGUCACAUGGGUAUUGAGAUCUUGGCUAAGGCAAUGGGUUUACCAUUGUACCGUCAAGAGACCAAAGGGAAAAGUACCCAAACAGGCAAACAAUAUGUGCCUACGGAUAAUGAUGAAGUUGAAGAUUUGUAUAAUUUAUUAGCACUGUGUAAGGAAGAACUACAAGCUGAAGCGGUGGCUGUAGGUGCCAUACUCUCCGAUUAUCAACGAGUCAGAGUGGAGAAUGUAUGUAGUCGUUUGAAUUUAGUGUCAUUGGCCUAUUUAUGGAGGAGAGAUCAGACUGAACUACUGCAAGAAAUGAUUGAUUGUCAAGUUCAUGCCAUAUUAAUAAAAGUGGCUACUUUGGGUUUAGUUCCUGAUCGUCAUUUAGGGAAAUCUCUUAGAGAAAUUCAACCGCAUUUGUUGAAAAUGCGUGAUAAAUAUGGUUUGAAUGUCUGCGGUGAAGGUGGUGAAUAUGAAACAUUUACCCUGGAUUGCCCCCUCUUUAAGCAGCGCAUAGUAGUAGAUGAUAUUCAAACUGUUAUUAGUUCCGCUGAUCCUAUAUGUCCCGUUGGCUAUAUUAAUUUCACCAAACUAUCGUUACAACCCAAAGAAGCGCAACAGAGCUGUGAUGUUUUUGUGAAAAAAUCUCUCGACUACAUAAGUGACCUCAAUGAAUCCACAUAUAGUGACCUCAGUGAUCCCGAUCUCAGUGAAACUGAGCUUGAAUUGAUCGAAAAGGAGACACGCAUGCGUGAAUCCCUUAGUCAAAAUGAAUUGAUAUCGCGUAGCAACUCAUUUGGGCGACAUCUUGCCACCUCAUCCUCACCCAUACCGAUAGUGACGAAGAGCGCAAGUGUUGAUGAGCAAACGCCAUCUGCAUUACUCUCCUCGUCGGCUGCUCUGUGUACUGCCUCAUUGCAGGCUGGCAGUUUUGGUCCGCCACGUCCCUUGGGCAGUAGUACAGCUGCAGUCUGCGGUAGCCUAUCGUUAGCCAUUUCCUCGAUGGCUCUGACAGCCGGUGGAGCUGCUGGUGCUGGUAUAGGUGGCGGGAUGUCGUCACUUAUUGGCGGUUGUUUAAGCACACAGCCACCGAGUCCACUUAAAUAUGAACGAGAAUUCCGUCCAUUGAAUAAUCGACCCAUAGUUGCCAUUAAUCACAAAGGUUGGAUGUGGGUGACAGGCAUACAAGGUUAUGCACCAACUUUAGAAGAAGGCAUGCAGCAAGCCCUAGACUCCCUACGCUCCUUAGCAGCAGAGCACAAUUAUGAAAUGAAUAAUUAUUGUUACAUUACGAUGUAUGUGCGUUCCAUUAACGAAUACGCCACGGUAAAUAGAAUUUACGGACAAGCUGUAUAUUUCCAAAAUCCACCCACCAGGGUGUGUGUUGAAUGUCCAUUGCCUGAAGACUGUCACGUAGUAUUGGAAGCCAUAGCUUUUAAAGCGCCCUUGCGUAGAAGAGCAACACUUUCUAUACAAGAAAGUGAGGGUUCUGAUGAUCAAUCAUCCAUGGUUAAUAGCUAUAGCAGUAGUUGCACAAAUGAUUUCCAAUGCAAACGUAACACUAUGCAUGUACAAAGUAUAUCACAUUGGGCUCCAGCCAACAUUGGUCCAUACAGUCAAUCCACAAAGAUUGAUGAAAUAACAUAUAUCUCUGGUCAAAUUGCUUUAGUACCUGGUAGUAUGACAAUCAUUGAAGGUGGCAUACGUCCUCAAUGUAAAUUAACAUUGCGCCAUAUAUCACGUAUUGCCAAGGCAAUGAAUGCCCAGGGACAAUUACGUGAUGUAGUACAUGGCAUUUGUUUUGUUACACAUCCAGCUUUUAUAGCCGAAGCACGUCGUCAAUGGGAAAGACGUACCACAAAUGCCAUCAUGGAUUAUAUAGUCGUUCCUGCAUUGCCCAGAGAAGCUUUGGUUGAAUGGCAGGUAUGGGCUCAUACCCACAAUGAUCGCUUCGAAUAUGAAGAGACUGGCUGCUCAAUUAGUGACUAUACAAUAUCUAUAAGAAGACGUUGGAAUUAUGAAAAUAACUGUGCUGCUAUUGUUUGCUAUAUUUCAACAGGUUUAGCCUCGUCAACCACUCAACUAACUCAACUAUCCGAUGAUAUUUUAACAAACCACUGUCGUUUAGCACAAAAUCUUACCUCUGAAAAUAUGGAUGAAAUUCUAACAUAUGUCGUAAAUCGCCUCCUCAAAGACUAUCCUCUAGCGAAGAGUAGCGAAAAUCUUGAAACAUCUACAACCAACAAUGGCUCUCUAGAACAUCAACAACAACAACAGCACGCACCAUCGAGUAUACCAGCCAUACACCUAAAAGUGUUCUAUCAAGUAACAGCAACACCCCCGGUGGAUCUAAUACUAACAGCUUUAAAUGAUUUUCGUCAGAAAUGUCAAGAUACAGCCACUAUUGCUUUUACUGUUUUGCCAGCAUGCAGUUUACACAAUUUCAGUACUUUCCUAUCGAUAUGCGGUAUAAGACAUGAAUAAGCAACAAUGAAACAACAAAACAACAGUUAUGUCGUCUAAAAGGAUUUGUUAAUGAUUUUUUUAUUACUAUUAAAAUUAUUAUUAGAAUAUUUAAGCAUUAAAGUAAGUUUUUUAAUGUCAUUUUUUUUUUGUUUUUCUGUUUUCUGUUGCUUUGGACCAAAAAUAAUUUUUCAAAUGAAACAAACAAAAUGUGGACUUUUUACUAAACCUUUAGAGUUUCAAUAAAAAUUAAAAAAAAACAUUAUUUGCUAUUUUUUUCAGAAUCAUGCACUAUUUUUUUUUCUAAUUAUGAAGUACAUAAAUAAUAAAAUUUGUUCUUGGAAUUGUAUAAAUUUAAAAUAUUUGCUAAAAUCAAAACCUGUAUUGUAUUGUUGAAUCGAUGGAAAUUUUUCAUCUGAAUUGACUUUUUUCAGUUGCUCCCUAAUAUCAAAUAGCAUUUGGACUAACAUUAGGUUUGAAUAGAACUUUACAUCAUUUUGGUGCUAUUGAAAACGGCUUAUUUUGUUCUGUAAACAUUUGAUAAAAAGUAUGACACGCAUUUGAAAAAGUCAGCAAGUACGUGAAAUAUACAUCUGGAUAUUUACACCAAUUGUGAAUUGACUUAAUAUAUCAUGAAAAAUUGGUGUUUGUAUCAAUAAACGAAAGUUAUCUUAGAAUACCAUUUAAAAUUUGUUGGCAUGCUAAUUUUCUGAAAACAAAAUAUAGAAAUUAAGGCCACGAAUUUCGAGAUAUCCUUAUUCAAAGAACUCUAAUUAUACUAAUUAUCUUCAUUUUUGAGUAAUACAUUAGAAUACAAAACUUUCAAAGAUUUAUAUAAGACUAAUGGGUCGAUUAUGGAUGUCAACCGAACUUCUGAUGCGUUGUCAAAAGGCAAACACAAAAUUUUAGCUGUCAAUUUGAAAACUGACAACCCAGCUUCAGUUCGGUUGCUAUCCUUAAUUAGUUAUAAAAAUAUCCUUUGAAUAAGAACGAUUAUAAUGUUAUUUAUUGUUGAAAUUGAUUACUGAUAAAAAAAACUUUAAAAUCUACGAUUCAUUAUUAACUUUAAUAUGAGACAAAAAUUAUAAAAUCUUACUAACAGUUCUAAAGUUAUUAACAGUUUUACUUUAGGUAUUUUGCACGCAUAUAUUAAAAAAUAUGAACUUUGGACCUACCAAACUAAAGCGAAUUCGAAUUUCUGGAGAACUUUAAAUUAUGUAUGGCCAUGGAUAGUAAAUAUUAUCGAAUUCAGAAAGUAAAGGUUCAAAAAUAUUUUAUUUUUUUAUCGUCAUUUUUCGAUUCUUUUCUCAGUUUAAACGAUUUUAUAAAACUCGAAUAAAACAGCCAGAAUCAUUGCAUUCAACAACGUACUCGAAUUAGGUGUAGGAACUGUGGGCCCAACUGCUGAAAAGCUUGCUAUUAAAUUCAUAUUUCAAAUAUUUAUCAUACAAUUUGUGGCAUGUGGUUAAUAAAAUUUUACUAACUUCAAAAUGUGUAAUUAUUACAAUACUUAGUUUAAACUAUAAUUGAUAAUUUUUUAAAUGCAUACAAAUAGUUUUCUCGGAGACAAACCUAAUAAUAGAUCGCAAUACCAAUAUACAUAUGUAUCUUUCUACUAAUAAACACCAAUAUUUUUAUUAUUUUUAAUUUAAAAUGCCAAAAUCUAAAUAAAUUUUUAAAAAAUGUUUCCUAUUUGUGUGUCAUAAAACUUAAAAAUUUUACUUAAACUAAAUACAAAAAAAACUAUUAAACCAAUAUAUUUUUGUGCUGCACUUUAAAUAUUUAUUAAGACUUUAAUCUACUAAUAACAAAUACUUCAUUUUGUUAUACAUAGUUUUUAUUAAGCCACCUCAAAAUCUUUAUAAACAAUGAAAAACAAAAUAUAUUAUAAAUACUUAACAAAUAAAUAAUAACAAUUAUUUAAUAUAUUUAAACCGUUAUACAUACAUAUGCAAAUGCAUAACAAUUUAUUAAAAAAAAAAUAAUUAAAAUGUUAUAAAAACCAAACAAAAAUAAUUCAAAUAAAAUGUCCGUAUUAAAUGUUUAAGAAGAUCAUACGAAUGCAAAAAACGAUUCAAGAUUUUAGUAUCGUAAUUAAACAUACAAAGACAAAAAAGACAUCAAGCAUGCAAAAUAAAAUCGAAAAAAUAAAUGAUUUAUGAUAAUAUAUACAUAUAAAA